UUGUUUUUUUUUUUUUUUUGGUACGAGUCUAUAAACAUUGGUGCGCCCUUAUGCUGCCCAAUCAUUCGCUCUUCAGAUUCGCCGGAACGCGAAACAUAACGCAAACCUAAUCUGACAAAUAAAUAUAUAUUUCAAGAAAUAUAUAAAGCAUGUGAACAAUUGGAGCUCGAAUAUUUUUUACAACAAAUUUGCACAAUUCUUGCCAAAAAGAAAAAAUAAAAUAAAAUAAAAGUAAAAAUAUAUGUACAAGCUAAAUCAAUACAAAUUGAAUUAAACUUUACAAAUCAAUUUAAAAAGUUCCUAAGUUCGUUAAAAGAAGAAAUUACAUAAAAUAAAGCAGUUCCUAAAACACGCAACACCUGCCAGUAUGACAGCACUUGGAUUACUUUUGCUAUCUAUGAUGGGUUAUAGCCAACACAUGCAACCUGUCGCAACGGAUGGUGUUGCGGGUGGUGCAGCAAGGAGCUCGCAGCUGUUGUCCCGCGCUGAUUGGGGCGCCCGCGUGCCGAAAGAGGUGAACUAUUUCGAGGGCCCCGCUCCGUAUGUCAUCAUACAUCAUUCCUACAUACCCGCCGCAUGUGUGACGACGCCGGACUGCAUGCGCAGCAUGCGCGAAAUGCAGGACUUCCACCAGGUGGAUCGCGGGUGGAACGACAUUGGCUAUAGCUUUGGCAUCGGCGGCGAUGGUCUGAUCUACACGGGACGUGGCUUCAAUGUGGUGGGCGCCCAUGCGCCCAAAUAUAAUGACAAGAGUGUGGGCAUUGUGCUCAUUGGCGAUUGGAGAACUGAGCUGCCCCCCGCUUCCAUGUUGCAGGCUGCAAUGGAUUUGAUUGCUUUUGGUGUUGCCAAGGGCUACAUCGAUCCAUCCUACAAGCUGCUCGGGCAUCGUCAAGUGCGAGACACCGAAUGCCCCGGUGGUCGACUGUUCCAGGAGAUCUCGACGUGGCCGCACUUUACACAGCUCAACACUACUGCCGAGGUGCAGCCGGUGGCUAACAAGAUUUAGGGCCGCGCCCAGAAGCUACUUCGAUUCAACGAGAGCCUCCAGCCCGGACAAACGAAGAGACGCCUAUUCACAGUAUUUUAUAAGAGAUAGAAAGAGAAAGCGAGACAAAUAAACACAACCUAUUAGCAAUACAA